CAAAGAGUCGGACAUGACUGAAGCAACUUAGCACGCAUACCAGGGAACUAAGAUCCCACAUGAUGCAGUCAAAAAAAAAAAAAGAUAUAGUUGCCAUAUACACAAAAUAAUGUGUAUAAGGAUAUUGUCAGCAGUGAAAAAUUGAGAAUAACCCAGAUGUCUACCAAAGGAUGAAAUUAAGGCACAUGGAAUAGUAUGUAAUAAUUAAAGAGUGAGAUGGAGCUGUAUAUAUAAAAUGGAGAAUUCUCUAAGAUGCGAAGCAAAAAAGUAAGUUGUGUAUCAGUGCCGGUUAGUUUAUUGCUCCUUAGCUCCAAAUCUACCCUUCUUCAUCGGGUCUUGUGAUCCUGGACGUUGUAAACCUUUUUCCUUUGUCCUCCGGUAUGAUUUUAAGCUCUACCAGUAGAGGGCGCUGGAGGAGCACCGAUGAGAAAGGGGUAGUCUUCCCGGUGCCUGGGUGCUUGCCUCCUGUCAAGUUUCAACAACACCCUACCUGGCAGCUUCCGGUUGAGUUCCCUCAGCAUCCCGGUGCGCAGCUUCCCAGAAUCUCAGUGGCUUCCUGGUGAGUUUCAUCAGCCCUCCGACUCAGCGUUCCAGGUCAUCCAGUUUCCUGCCUGCCAGCCCUUCAGGGAGCAGCACCUCAGCAAACUUUGAAGAAGACUGCCAAGGCGUGCCUGUGAACUUGUAAUUCAAUAUAUAUGGAAGAUUCUCAGGAUGGAGGCUGACCUGUCUGACUUUAACAUUGAUGCCCCCCGUUGGGACCAAUGCACUUUCCUGGGGCGGGUGAAGCACUUCUUCAAUAUCACGGACCCCCGCACAAUCCUGGUACCAGAGCGGGAGCUGGACUGGGCCAAAGUGAUGGUGGAGCAGAGCAGGAUGGGGACUGUGCCCCCGGGCACCCAGGUGGAGCAGCUUUUCUAUGCUAAGAAGCUGUACGACUCAGCCUUCCACCCUGACACUGGGGACAAGAUGAACGUCAUUGGGCGGAUGUCCUUCCAGGUCCCCGGCGGCAUGAUCAUCACGGGCUUCAUGCUCCAGUUCUACAGGACAAUGCCAGCAGUGAUCUUCUGGCAGUGGGUGAACCAGUCUUUCAAUGCCUUAGUCAACUACACCAACAGGAAUGCGGCUUCCCCUACGUCGGUCAGGCAGAUGGCUGUUUCCUACAUCACAGCCACAACCACCGCAGUGGCCACUGCUGUGGGCAUGAACAUGUUGACAAAGAGAGCCCCACCCCUGGUGGGCCGCUGGGUGCCCUUUGCCGCCGUGGCCGCAGCUAACUGUGUCAACAUCCCCAUGAUGCGCCAGCAGGAACUCAUCCAGGGAAUCUGUGUGAAGGACAGGAACCACAAUGAGAUCGGUCAUUCCCGGAGAGCUGCAGCCAUAGGCAUCACUCAAGUGGUUGUUUCUCGGAUCACCAUGGCAGCCCCUGGCAUGAUUCUGCUGCCGGUCCUCAUGGAAAGACUGGAGAAGCUGCGCUUCGUGCAGAGAGUCCGGGUUCUGCACGCCCCUUUGCAGGUUCUGCUGUCCGGGUGCUUUCUCAUCUUCAUGGUGCCGGUGGCGUGUGGGCUGUUCCCGCAGCAAUGUGAAUUACCGGUUUCCUAUCUGGAACCUGAGCUCCAGGACACCAUCAAGGCCAAGUACAGAGAACCUGUGCCUUAUGUCUACUUCAAUAAGGGCCUCUGAAGGCCUCACCCCAGCAUGGACCAGUCCACAUACCAGCUCACAGAGAACCUGUGUCUUAUGUCUGCUUCAAUAAGGGACUCUGAAGGCCUCACCCCAGCAUGGACCAGUCCAUACACCAGCUGUGGAUUCCUGUGCCUCAUUCCUCUUUGCCGACAGGGCCUGCAGGCCGGCGUGGAUUCGGGGGCGAGGGGGUGCAGUGGGAGGAUGCCUCAUGCUUCUACCCAGGUACCUAAAUUUAUUGGACUCCAGAGGAUAAAAGCGACCAAGGGGAGAGAGGCCAAGGCUUCUAUCUGCUCUUCCUGAACCCCCAUCUCCUAGACACCAGGAGCUGAGACCCCCUCGGGGAGAAGGUGCUAGGUCCUGAGGGUGACGCUCAAGUAAACCGUUUGGAAUAAAUUCAGAAACCUGAGAUUCUGGUUCCAGCUGGGGUUGAGGAAGGGCCCCCUUUCUCUUCCUCCUCAUCUGUUCUCAGUCAAGGGCACCCUCCCCGCCGGGAGGGGGGUGUGGUUCUGGCUCCCUCAGAAAGAGGGAGGGGAGAGGCUGGGUCACUUUGGACCUCCUCUUUGUUCUUGCCCACUCUCCUCCCCAGGGCCCCCUGGGCAGAAAGCUUCUUUGGGAGUCUUGCUAACCUUGAGAGUUUUUAUCAGGCACCCAGGAGUUUUUAGUGCCAACCCUCUCCCCACUUCCCAAAAAACACAGGACACAGUGAGGCAGCAGAGUUUCAUGGUGCUUCAGACCCUGUCUGUUGACACUGGCUUUGUUCUCCUAAAAUCAUUAUCUGAUUCUGCUUCUCUGUGUCUGAAAGAUAAAACCACUGACUGGGUAAAAAGGGCAUAGGUACGCAUUAACUGCAUGUUUCAGUGGGUAUAAUUUCCUGGCUGCCUCCCUUCCUCAGCCUGUUGGGUUAAACACCAAAGAAAGACUGGUGGGGACUGAAUAGGAAAGGGAAGUUUUAUUUGGACGCCUCUGAGAGGAAACCAACCAGGACCAAAGAGCCUUAAAGGACACACGGCCAAGUGUAGCCACUCUCCCUUCCCCGCCAGGGUGCUCUAGGUUAUUUUGGAAGCCCCUGAGGGAGAGGGGGCUGCUGUAGCCAACCUGGGGCCAAUGUCUUUAUGAGUUUUGUCUAGUAGAAUUUACUGACUGAUCAAAGGGUAUCACUGUGAAUCGAAUACAUUUCUUGAAAGACCACAAUGAACUGUCUGCACACUGAGUUAAUAAAACCUAGAUGGAAAGCAA